UGUGAGACGCAACGAUCGUAUGGUGCGUGUUUGCUGGGAGAACGGUACCACGGUACGGCUGUAUUUUACGUUGUUUUUGCUCGACAACUUUUGAAAUGGCAUUCCGAAAUAUCAGCGCCCUUCUCCAACAGCAAUACAAGACAUACCCGAUCGGAAGACUAACCACUGUGCACCGGUCGAACCGAACACUACGCACUUCGAGUGCAGCUUUUAGUGGCCUCCUUCGAAUACAAGACCAGGGCGGCGUUCGUCGCAUCACCUUUGACAACCCUAAAAAACGAAAUGUUCUGUCACUACAGAUGUUACAAGAACUGGAUGCCUGCUUCCAGGUAUGCCUAUCCGCCUCGGAUCUCCGAUGCGUCGUAAUCGCAGGCGACGGGCCAGUGUUCAGCUCCGGACACGACCUCAAGGAACUCCACAGGGACACCGGUACUGAGAUGCACAGAGACAUUCUGCAACUUUGCAGCAAGGUUAUGUUAACAGUACGAGACAUUCCUGUUCCAGUUAUAGCUCAGGUGGAUGGAUUAGCGGCAGCAGCUGGCUGUCAGCUGGUAGCCUCCUGCGAUAUAGUCUUAGCCACGGCCAACGCUAAGUUCUCCCUGCCCGGGGCGUCCUUCGGCCUCUUCUGUCACACGCCGGGCAUACCUGUAUCGCGUUGCGUACCGACCAAGAUGUCAGCGUAUAUGUUGAUGACCGGUAUUCCGAUAAGUGCUCAGGAAGCCUUGUACAGUGGUUUGGUAAGCAAAGUCGUCCCAGCGAAUGAACUCCAGGAAGAGACCGAGAAGAUAGUGGAAGCCAUCCGGGCCAAGAGCAGGUCCGUGUUGGCUUUAGGAAAGAGAUUCUACUACAGACAGGUUCAGUUGCCGAUUCAGGAAGCGUACACAGCGGGAGAGGAGGUAAUGUUGCAUAACCUUUCGUAUCGGGACACGCAAGAAGGCAUUUCAGCUUUCAAGGAGAAAAGGCAGCCCAAAUGGGAACAUUCAGACGAGAAGAUUCGGAAACAGUGAUUUUUUUUUUGUUCAGAGACGAAGCUGAAUGCUGGGGGAUGUGAUGGCAGAUGAAAGUCUGUAUGUAAGAAUGCAAACGUGUGGUUGUUCUAUGCCAUCCAGCAGUGCCAAAGAAUUGAAUGAAUGUGGGAAAGAAGUGAGAUAUAGGACUGUGCUUAUAGCCACGGCCUCUCGAUCGAGGGGCCGUGGUCUAGCAAACAGGUAGCAAGCAAGCAAGUGGUUGUCUCCUCAUUCAUCUUUCCGCAGGCUCAAGGACAUAUAUGUUGCUAUAUCCACAGUCAAUCUGGUGAGAAAGGAACUGCCGUAGCCAGGGGGGUGGUUUGGGGGUGUUUAACCCCCCCCCUCCCCCCACACACACACAUUUGGGAAAGGGAAAAUGGAGUGAAAUCCUUCCCAUGUAGAACCCCACCCAAAAUAUUUUUCUGGCUAUGCCGUUUGUAAGGAAUACAAAUAUUUUUGUCUACCUUUUUCAUGUCUUGUUUGUGUUUGGAGAAGGCAAUAAAAUAGCUUGGUGUAGUGUA